GGUGCGGACAAAACCCUGCAGGAGACUGCGAGCCCUGCAGAACUGCUAGCUGCGGGGAGAGGGGAGGGUCGGCGCCUGUGGCGGAGCCGGUCUGGGACCGGGGCGGGGAGGCUGACAAGCGGCGGGAGAAGCCGGCGGAGGGCGGGAUCGCGCCUCCUGACAUGUUGGGGGCAUCCCUGGCAGGGCCGGGCCGGGGCUAAGAGCGGCACUGCGGGCCGGGGUCGGGGGCGGGUCGCGGUCCGCCCCCGCUGUCCCUCCGUCCUACCCUGUCGAGGACGUGCGUUCCGCACUCGGCAGUCUCCAGAGGGAGCGAGGGAAGCUGCUGGAGAAUCAGGGAGAAGGAGCAUUCGCCGGAGGCUGGAGGAGGCUGACCCGCGUCCCCGCCCAGCCCGCUCCUAUGCGGUACUUGAAGGAUGGCGAAGAGGUCGCGCAGUGAGGAUGAGGAUGAUGACCUUCAGUAUGCCGAUCAUGAUUAUGAAGUACCACAACAAAAAGGACUGAAGAAGCUCUGGAACAGAGUAAAAUGGACAAGGGAUGAGGACGAUAAAUUAAAGAAGUUGGUUGAACAACAUGGAACUGAUGAUUGGACUCUAAUUGCUAGUCAUCUUCAAAAUCGCUCUGAUUUUCAGUGCCAGCAUCGAUGGCAGAAAGUUUUAAAUCCUGAAUUGAUAAAGGGUCCUUGGACUAAGGAAGAAGAUCAGAGGGUUAUUGAAUUAGUUCAGAAAUAUGGACCAAAAAGAUGGUCUUUAAUUGCAAAACAUUUAAAAGGAAGAAUAGGCAAGCAGUGUAGAGAAAGAUGGCAUAAUCAUCUGAAUCCUGAGGUAAAGAAAUCUUCCUGGACAGAAGAGGAGGACAGGAUCAUCUAUGAAGCACAUAAGCGAUUGGGAAAUCGUUGGGCAGAAAUUGCUAAACUACUUCCAGGAAGGACUGAUAAUUCUAUCAAAAAUCAUUGGAAUUCUACUAUGCGAAGAAAAGUGGAACAGGAGGGCUAUUUACAAGAUGGAAUAAAAUCAGAACGAUCUUCAUCUAAACUUCAACACAAACCUUGUGCAGCUAUGGAUCAUAUGCAAACCCAGAAUCAGUUUUACAUACCUGUUCAGAUACCUGGGUAUCAGUAUGUGUCACCUGAAGGCAAUUGUAUAGAACAUGUUCAGCCUACUUCUGCCUUUAUUCAGCAACCCUUCAUUGAUGAAGAUCCUGAUAAGGAAAAGAAAAUAAAGGAACUUGAGUUGCUGCUUAUGUCAGCUGAGAAUGAAGUUAGAAGAAAGCGAAUUCCAUCACAGCCUGGAAGUUUUUCUAGCUGGUCUGGUAGUUUCCUCAUGGAUGAUAACAUGUCUAAUACUCUAAAUAGCCUUGACGAGCACACUAGUGAGUUUUACAGUAUGGAUGAAAAUCAGCCUGUGUCUGCUCAGCAGAAUUCACCCACAAAGUUCCUGGCCGUGGAGGCCAACGCUGUGUUGUCCUCUUUGCAGACCAUUCCAGAAUUUGCAGAGACUCUAGAACUUAUUGAAUCUGAUCCUGUAGCAUGGAGUGAUGUUACCAGUUUUGAUAUUUCUGAUGCUGCUGCUUCUCCUAUCAAAUCCACCCCAGUUAAAUUAAUGAGAAUUCAGCACAAUGAAGGAUCCAUGGAAUGCCAAUUUAACGUCAGUCUUGUACUUGAAGGGAAAAAAAACACUUGUAAUGGUGGCAACAGUGAAGCUGUUCCUUUAACAUCCCCAAAUGUAGCCAAGUUUAGCACUCCACCAGCCAUCCUCAGAAAGAAGAGAAAAAUGCGAGUGGGCCUUUCCCCAGGCAGUGAACUUAGGGAUGGCUUAUUGAACGAUGGUGGUAAUACAGCGCUAAAACAUACACCACUGAAAACACUACCAUUUUCUCCUUCACAGUUUUUCAACACAUGUCCUGGAAAUGAACAACUUAAUAUAGAAAAUCCUUCAUUUACAUCAACCCCUAUUUGUGGGCAGAAAGUUCUUAUUACAACUCCUCUUCAUAAGGAAACAACUCCCAAAGAUCAAAAGGAAAAUGUAGGUUUCAGAACACCUACUAUUAGAAGAUCUAUAUUGGGUACCACACCAAGAACUCCUACUCCUUUUAAGAAUGCGCUUGCUGCUCAGGAGAAAAAAUAUGGACCUCUUAAAAUUGGGUCCCAGCCACUUGCCUUCUUGGAAGAAGAUAUUCGGGAAGUUUUAAAAGAAGAAACUGGAACAGACCUAUUCCUCAAAGAGGAAGAUGAACCUGCCUACAAAAGCUGCAAACAAGAGAAUACCGCUUCUGGGAAGAAAGUCAGAAAAUCACUAGUCUUAGAUAAUUGGGAAAAAGAAGAAUCAGGCACUCAACUGUUGACUGAAGACAUUUCAGACAUGCAGUCAGAAAAUAUAUUUACUACAUCCUUAUUAAUGAUACCAUUAUUGGAAAUACAUGACAAUAGGUGCAACUUGAUUCCUGAAAAACAAGAUAUAAAUUCAAUCAACAAAACAUACACACUUACUAAAAAGAAACCAAACCCUAACACUUCCAAAGUUGUCAAAUUGGAAAAGAAUCUUCAGUCAAAUUGUGAAUGGGAAACAGUGGUUUAUGGGAAGACAGAAGACCAACUUAUUAUGACUGAACAAGCAAGAAGAUAUCUGAGUACUUACACAGCUACCAGUAGUACUUCAAGAGCUCUCAUACUGUAAUUAUUAUUAAAAUUGAUGAAAUGCCCCCCUCCCUUACUGCAAUCUCUACUAAAUUAGGUUGCAGUGAAAUUUUUCUCAAUUAGUUGUUUUUAAAGUUGUAAGAUAGCCCUUUUAAUACAGCAUCUUUUUUCUAUUCUACAUAGUAGGCAGAAAGCUAGUAAGUCACUUAAGGGGUAGACAGUUUCAUAGUUUAUUUUUUAAGAGAUGAGAUUUUUAAAAAUUGUUUUUAAAGAACAAGAUGGGAAAAUAAUAGAAUGUUCAUGGAUUUCUAAAAGUAAAUUCUCAUAUUUUCUUCACAAGAUAUAUGUUGCUACUCUCUUGAUGCUGCAGUUUUGUUAUAGAUAGGUGUAAGAGUAGAUAUGAUUUCUGAAAUUAGUCUAUGUAUGGAAAGCACACGAUUUUAUGAAGUACUUUUGCCCACGUGCUGAUUUACUUAGGCUACCAUUUACAAAGAAACACAUUGAAAAGGAAUUUAAAGGAAGGCUAGAAAGUUGCACUACUAAUUUUUUUUUUUUCAGAAGCAGUAAAAUUAACUACAGUGUUAAAUGUAUUUAUUUGAGCAUAGUACUGAAAACAAAAAGCAUUCAAAAAAGAGUUUUUUCUUUAUUAGUAAAUAGGAUUUUCUUAAUCUCAGAAGAGCUGAGAAUUUUGUUGAAUGUAUUGUACAGUAUGUAGGAGCAGGAGGACUUUGUAAAUUGGAAAGAAGUCGGUUUUUUAUAAUUUAUUUUUAUUUUUAAAGCUUAAAUGUAGAUAUUUAUACGUAUACAGGGUGCCUAGAAGCCAAUGUUGUUUCCUGUUAUUACAGCUAACACAGUAAAGAAAAAUUUUGACUUUAAGUAUGAAACAAUAGUAAGUUAUAGCUGCAAAGAAUACAAUAUCUCUACUAUAUGUCACAUCUACCUAAAUGUUGCACUAUGCCCUUUAAAUCAUGUUGGUUAUAAAGUAGUUCUAAAAAUGUACUAAAUAAUAAUUUAAUAUUUUCUUUUUAAAUUAUAUCGGGGAUGGUCAUAUACAUUAAUCUGGUGAUUUGUAUAUGUUUUUGAAAUUUUUGCAUUUUGUUUAAAAAAUAAUAUGGUACCUUGGUCCCUAAAAACAGUCUGCACUUAGAAGUUUGUAUUUACUCAGUGUUUCAGAAGUGGAGAACAUUAUCUUUUAUUUAUAAAAAUAUUUUGUCCUUUUUUAAAUGUUUUGUGUUUCUCUACAGGUUACAACAGUUGCUUCAGUUGCCUGUUUUAGGUGUUUGCACUUAUUUUAUUUCUUCUUGAAAGAUUUUUUAUUUGCUUUUGUGGUAGAGAUUAUAUGUAAUUUUUUUCAGUCAUAUAAUGGUGUGCUGUCAACUUAAACACUGACAGGUAAAUAGAAUUGUACACUGUAGUUUGAAUUAUUUAUAAUUGACACACUCUCUCCCUCUCCACUCCUGAAGUAUGCUGCUAUAGAAAAUAGCAGAAUCGGCUUGCUGCUACGAGAGAAGGAAAGAGCGACCACCACUUGCACUGUGUGAAAAGAUAAAAAACAAAUGAUGGCAAGUUCUCAAGUUAACUAAAUGGAAUCAACCAUUACCAGGCAAAUUCUUACAAAUACCAAAAUACUACUAUGCCUUAAAAAACAAAAUGAAAGCAGGUUAAGAUUUUCUGCUCUGUUCGUAUGUUAAUAGAAAUGGAAAUACUAAGUAUUUUAAUGCUUAGCUCUUGAACAGUAGACCUAAAAGGGUUUUAAGCUAUUUAAAUCUACUUGCUAGUUUUUGCAUAUUUUUUAUAUAUAUAUACACACACACACAUAUAUAUAUAGUGAGAAGUGAAGAAAAUGUAUGGUACUAAGAUUAUGCCUUGUUGAUAAAUAGAUAAACCAAUUUGAAUCUUCUUAGCAUGUUUAAGUAUGUUGAUUGCUUUCUAAUUAAUGAACUUCUCACAGAAAUUUCACUUAGUGAAACCAAUGAUUGUAGCAAACUCAUACUGGAUCAUUUCAGUUACCUUGAACUAAUAGCACAUAAUAGUUUUUUGUUGUUGUUGUUUUUAAUGUAGCCCUUACCUGGAUAUACAUAGUCUGCAAUCACCAAAGUAUAAUAUCUUAUAAGAGCUAUAUUUUUAAAGCAUAUUUUUUCUUGAGCAUUAAAUUAUCCUAAAUGGUAAUAUAUUGUGGAUAAGUCUGGGCUUAUUGGACAUAACACAUAUUUGGGUUGGUAUUGGUUGAAUCCUUCAGUUAACUGCUUUGUUGCUUUUUGCAAGAUUUUUUAAUCUUAAACAUGUCAGGCAUCUUAAGUCACCUUUAUAAUGUUUUGUUCCUCUGAGUUUCUUUCAGCAUGUUAUACAAAUGCCAGACAUACAUGUAGCAGCCAUACUUGCAUGGAAACUGACUACACAUAUAUAAUACUGCAUUUUAUUGUAAGGUUUUCACAUUAAUACAGCAAUUACCCUGACUAAAUUGAGUUUUGUGAUAUAUGGAAAACUCCAUUGUAAGAGAAUCUUGCAUACAAUGUCGACAUAUUAACAUCCAAAAUAAAGCAUCUGUGUACAAGCUGA